UUUCUAUUUGCAGAUAAGAACACAGACGAAUCAUAAAGAAAUGAUUUACUGAGUCCGGAACGCGCUGCCGAAUGUGAGGAAAAACACAGCAUAGAUUGAAGAUAAAAUGAAUCAAUCGUGAUUGACUGGCUCCAAUUGUGAAUAAGAUCCAACCAUGGCCGACGCAUUGAAGUUGGCCGACAUGCAACGGGCCAGUGUCGAAUUUGAACGGCAGCGCCAUUUAGCCAACUGGCUAAUCGAAUCCAGCCCUCACAUGCCGAAACCCACGCCACAACAACAGAAGCAGCUGCAACAGCAACUCGGCAAGAAGGGUAAAUUCAAGCAGAAUCCAAUGUUCUUCCUUGCGAAAAUAGGCCACAAUAUGAACAUUGCCAGCAGCAACAAUCCACCCCCACUUGGUACCAAUUUGAUAAGCAGCAAUUCGAUAGCGUCUACCUUCAACUCGCAAACCAACCUACCACUGGCAAUCGUGUCAUCAUCCGGUCGGGAUGGCCACAAGCCUAAAUUAAGACGAUUCAAUUCGCACGACACCAGCGCCAACAUGUUCUCGGUGGCGGAGUUUGAAAAUGCCCGCCUAGCGCGAAGAAACGAAAUCGAGAGCGCCGCCCUGCUAAGGCAACGGCAACGAUAUAAGCUGAACUCCCUUUCAUCCGGUGGAGACUGCUCCACGGGGGAAAGCAAGGGAUCCAAACUCAGCAGCGAAUCGACCUCGGAACCAUUGCUGGCCGAGCAAUUCCUGGAGAAGUUUUCCCUCCCACGUGUGGUACGGCUGUCGUACACCUCGGAUGGGGCCAGCGGAAGCAGUUCCGGUGACCAAACGAUGACCUCGUCUAGUUCAGCCGAAUCAACCAGUACGUCCGAGAGGAAAAAGAAGAAGAAAUCUGCCAUUUCCAGUCCUUCCAACGGAGAACUUUUCCUACUGUACCGGCUUAUGCGUAGCUUCAAAAUCUACCACGUUUUCAACACAAAGUCGGGGCACAAUCGCAAAAAAGGAUACAAAAUACCGCAGGAUUAUCCCGGAUAUUUCUCAUUUCUCAAUGAGAAAGGAGCUCAAACGGCUGUCAUCUACACCACCAUUGUUCAACUGGUCCGAGAGCGUGUAUAUAAAUUUCUUUCGUUGGAAAACAUCUCCGCCUACACCGAAUCUCAUGACAAUUUUAACCACAAAACGCAUUACGUUAAGGCAACUGCUAAGGCAGGUCAGGUUUACCGUUUGCUAGCCGUAUUCCAGGAUGGAGAUCACAAGUCAUCAUCUAGUCAGAAGGACUCUGCAUCUGUGAGCGGAAAUGUUGGUGGUGCGGAGAAAGAACGCGGCAAAUAUGCCCAAUUGCUGGGAGACAACCGACAGAUAUACUACGUUUCGUUAUCGGCCAAAGGAAAGUUCUACGAAAUUGAACAGCACACGGCGCCAGUGAUGCAAAAAAGCAGCAGUCUCGGGCAUCCAAACAGUAGCAGCAAAGCGCCGAAGCAACUGAACCGGGAAUGCGUGCACCGAAUUGGGUUCAUCAUGCAAUCGGAGGUCAAUAUGCCAUUGAACCUGAAGCUGAUAGCCAGUAUGAACACAAGUUCCGGUGGCACCCAGAAUAACGUGCCUGAGUACAUCACCAUCGCCAAAAUCAGCAACGAAAACUUCAUUGUGGCAUGCCCCCUUGAUGAACAGGAUCUGACGUCGUCGCUCAGCCUCACUAAACUACACAUAACCCCCCAGAUGAAAUUCACCAAAUGCUCGCUGGGUUUCGAUAACGAACAGCGGAUGUUCCUCAAUGGAAACGUUCAAACGGUUCUUAAAUUUUGCCAAUUCAACUGUGAAAAUUUCACCCGUGUAGUUGACAACGAUACGAACUGGGUAGAGCUCCAGCAAAUGAUCAACGCUGUUCAGCAGCAGCAGUCGUCUAACAGUCUAAAUCAUCUAACAAUUUCCGUCAACGGUGGUUUUGGACCUAAAAGCGAAGUUCUCAAAAGACUCAGACUAACUCGACUGUUUGGCAGCAGCGAUCGGAAUCAAAACUCCUCUUCCGGGCACGAGAAAGAGGACUCGAUCAUAUUUUUCAGUAAAAAUGAUCUGGAGAACCUCGAAUGUAGUCAACAACAGCAACAGCCAGAACACAUGCAACAGAACGAUCCGGAGCAGCAGCCGAUGUCCUUAGCAUCUGGAAUAAGCGAUAAAAUGAAAGUGUUUACUCCGAGCAAGAAAAAAUGGUUCAAAGGCUUCCGAUCACAUGAAAGUCCAUCACAGGAAAAUGCAGUUGACGAACAGGAAAAGAAACAAGCCAGUAUUGAUCGUUACCAGGACAUGUCCAGAUUGAUACAGGAAAGAUUCGGAGACAUCGAUAUCAACGGCACCAAUACCAGUAUCAGCAGAGCUAAUUCGGACAUUGGAUUCGAUGAUAUGGUUAGUGGAAUCCCUGGCGAGACAAGUAACGGAAAUGGUUUGCAGAAGUGUCUUUCUUUACAGCACAUUGAGUUGAAAGGUGGCAGCAGUAGUAUGGAUAUCCGAAGUACAGAAAAACCAGACUUGGUUAACCAUCUUAAUAUGAUCGAGAGAAACAAUUCCGAAGAAAUUCUCUCGGAUUCGGAAGAUACCAUAUUCUUCCCUAUAAGAAGCAGCGCCAAACAACAGUCUUUCAUGACUGAAAAGCUCUACAGUGAGUUCCAUGUGAAAACUAAACAGCAUAGCAAAUCACACUCCAGUAUACAACAUUUGCUCAACCUGGCUAGUCCUCAGCGAUUAAACGACAGCAAGAACAAAUCCAAGGCAAACGAUAAAAAGCGGUCGGAAAUCAUACUAUCAUUCGAAGAUUUACAGAGUCUCAACAGAGAAGAAGAUCUCGCUGAAAGUUCCCAUCGCACUCAGUGGAGCUUAUUGGAUGAUCUACCAUAUAGCAACGUACGAGACUCGAUCGUUUUGCAAGAACCUGAACGACGAACUCCAUCGGAAAGUAUCUACGCUGAAAUAUGCGCCGAUAGUCCCGGUGGAUCCACAUCUGUAUCGCCUCAGAAACAUCCAGUUUUUCCCGCUCCGCCACGACCCGAGAAACGAUUUACAAGCAUCCGUAUCAAUGUUCCCUCCAGCGAUUCGUGCCAAAUCGUUAGUCAUAACCCUGCUGGCAAUCGUUGUGCAUCAAAUGUUGCUAGUCCUGUAGAAGACAACAUUUACAAUACCAUAAAAUAGCAAACCCACGAUUGCUAAUAAUUCACAAUUAAUCAUUCAUUAUGUGUAUAUUCGUCAUAGCGCUACCUACAUCUUGAUAGAAUCGCUCAACAUACGUGCCUUCAAAACUUCCUCUGAGAUCGCAAUCACCAGACAGAAAUAGAAAUCAAUGAACUUGCUUAAAAAGCUCUCGAAUUACAUACUAACCUAAAGAUAGAAUCUUUUGUUUACUAGAUAUUAGUAAUUUUGAACAAGGAUAGUGAAGAGGAGGAAAACAACGGCGACCAAAGUAUUACCGGAACAUGUGAUAAAAAAACGCAUAAAAGCAAUGACUAUACUAAUUUAGAUUAAAACUUGAGUUGAGAAUUAAUAAUUAAAAAUGCACUGUUUAUUACCCCAUGAUUAGCAAUAUCGUAUACAUGGUUGGCCCUCCAAUCACUUUAUGAAUUUUAAAUUACACUCAGUGUAUCCCAUUAAAUGCAAGCAUCGACCAGAUGUGGCUCUUUUAUAGUUUAAAAAGUUAAUCCAAGUCGCUCAUUUAGGCAAUUGAAUUCGAAGCAAUAUUCCCUCUAUAUAGCAUAACUUAGACUAUCGGCAUCCCAAAAUCGAUGUUGAUAAUUUUAAGCACUACCAUUCUUAAAUAAGCAAUAUAUGAAUAGUAUAUUUAAAUAAAACACGAUGGAAAAAGUA